GUGCGCUCCCAUCAUCCAAGUUCGGUUUGGUGAUGAUCCAAGCCGAGCUGGAUUUCGUGUCGAAAGGCAAGAAACAGGAGACGGUUGAUGCAACUAUCAUCUCUAAGGAGCUUACAAAACGGUUCUCCGGCCAGGUCUUGACGAUCAACCAGAAGGUCUCUUUCGAGUACCUGGGUACCAACUUCACGUUCAAUGUCGUCACGGUGCUAGUGGAGGGCCGUCGUGAAGGAGAAGGGAGCGCGGGUCUUUUGACCGAAGAUACCGUUUGGCAGUUUGAAACGCCUGCUAAUUCCGGCAUCAAGAUAGUGAACCAAAAGGGGGGACGAACCACCAACCUAACAAAUGGCAUUUCCUUCUUAGCUAUCUUCACAAAAGUCCUUGCUUUCAAAAAUAAGGGCCUUUUUUGUUUAUGAUUUCUUGAUAGAUUUUUCUCAAAGGG